UGGCAAAAGACUUGGCAAGUCAAGAUUGACCUCACAGAGUCAUCCACGCAAGUUGUGAGCAACUUCCCUGAACGUUUCGAGUCUUGGUGAGCAUUCAACAUUCAAAAGCAACAACUCCUAGUCAGCCAAAAGAAGCUGAUCUCCUCCCUCUCACAGAUUCCUGUCAUGGCCUCCAAAUAUGCUUUGUUUCUCCUACUGUUAGUGCACUAUCGAUCUGCAACAUGUGACCGAGAACACCCCGGCUUUAUCAGAUUAGGCUCUUUUCUCUCCCCCGCAAAUCACUCCACCUCAUGGCUUUCGCCUUCCGGCCGCUUUGCCUUCGGUUUCUACCCGAAUGGGGAUGGAUUCUCAGUGGGAAUCUGGAUGACGAGUGAAGCAGAAAACACAACCCCAUGGACCAGUGAAGCAGAAAACACAACCACAUGGACUGCAAACCGAGACGAUCGUCCAGUGCGGUCCACAGCCAUGCUCGAAUUGACACUUGAUGGUAGGCUUCUCCUGAGGACUGACUCCAGGAACAGUAAGUUGAUUGCUUCUGUAUCUGAAUCAGCUUCCUAUGCUGCCAUGAAUGAUUCCGGAAACUUCAUACUCUACGAUAAAGAUCACCAUGUCAUUUGGGAUAGCUUUAGUUUCCCUACAGAUACAUUAAUGGGAGGCCAAUAUCUGCCUCACGGGGCUGCGUUGCUUUCGAGCAUGUCCAAGAGUAAUCGCUCGACCGGACGAUUUCGCCUCGAGAUGCAGGACGAUGGCAAUCUUGUGCUUUAUCCCAUUCACACUCCAAACAUAUCACUGGACGCUUACUGGGCUUCUGUGACACAAGGUGAUCGUCUGGAUUUGCAUCUAAAUUCGACGGGCGCGUUGCUUCUCAUCAAAAAUACCGAUUCGACGGUGCGUGGGACAUUGUAUGGUGGCUCCUCGGUAUCCAACAAUUCAAUUACGUACCGCUUAGUGUUGGACUCGAACGGAAUUCUUCAACUGUACUCUCACAGUUUCAACCGCACUGUCGUGUAUAAAACCUCCCUCGAGUGGUCAAUUCCGGACGAUAAAUGCAGUGUGAAGAGCUUUUGUGGGUUCAACAGCUAUUGUACUUUGGAUGAUGAUCAGCCCGUUUGCCGUUGCCUACCCGGCACUAAUUUCGUCGAUAUGGACCAGAAAUCUCGCGGGUGCGAGAGGAAUUUCACUGAAGAGUGGUGCAGAGAUUCCGGAAGAAACGCCUCCUCUCGCAACAUCGUGCCCAUGGAGAACAUGGGUUGGGAUGACCCUCCAUAUUUCCAGGCAAAAAUGCAAGAGGAUGAUUGCAGCAAGUCUUGCUUGGAGGAUUGCGACUGUGACGUAGCACUCUUGGACUUAGAUAGUUACUGUAAGAAGCAAAAGCUUCCUCUGAAGUAUGCUAGGAGAAAUCCUAAAGCAUCAUCAACAGCAUUCUUCAAGGUGGGGUUUGAGGGUGUAAAGGAAAAACAAGCAGGCGCGACCGUUCCAGAGGUGCCGCUGCCGACUGUCAUAAUAAGGACCAAGGACGCAACGGUUCUCCUCCUUGUAGUGACCCUAGGCCUGGUGACAUGGUCAUGCGUCGCCCUUGCGAUUUCUGGUCUUUUCGCUUUCAAGUUGAGGUUUUUUGAGUACAGAAAGUUACUAGAUAGGGGAGAUAUCGGUUUGUCACAGGAGCUCGCCCUGAGGUCAUUUUCCUACAAAGAGCUCAAAAGGGCGACUAAUGGUUUCAAGGAAGAGUUAGGAAAGGGAUCAUUUGGAGCAGUCUACAAGGGAAGUUUUUCGAAAGGCAAAAGAAUCGUCGCUGUCAAGAGACUGGAGAAGGUGAUCAAUGAAGGCGAGAGGGAGUUCCGGGCUGAAAUGCGGGUGAUCGGAAGGACUCAUCACAAGAAUUUGGUCCGGUUGCUUGGUUAUUGUGCUGAAGAGUCGAAGAGGCUUCUCGUCUAUGAGUUCAUGAGCAACGGCUCCCUUGCAGACCUUCUGUUCCGAUCCCAAAGGCGUCCAGAUUGGAGUGAACGAGUGAGAAUUGCCACGGAGAUUGCAAAGGGCAUUCUCUACUUACACGAGGAGUGCGACGCCCCGAUCAUACACUGCGACAUUAAGCCCCAAAACAUCCUGAUGGACGACUUUUGGACGGCCAAAAUCUCCGAUUUCGGGCUAGCGAAGCUCCUGAUGCCCGACCAAACCCGGACAUUCACUGGUGUCCGAGGGACGAGAGGAUACAUGGCUCCCGAAUGGCAAAAGAACACUCCGAUCUCAUUGAAGACAGACGUCUACAGUUACGGGAUCGUGCUCCUGGAGAUCGUGUGCUGCCGGCGGAACAUGGAGGUCGAUGUCCAGAGGCCUGAGGAGAUUGUUCUUUCUUCUUGGGUCUACAUGCAUUUCGAAGCGGGAGAGCUUGAGAAGCUGGUUCGGGGUGAAGAAGUAGAGAGGAAGUCCCUGGAGAAACUGAUCAAGGUCGGGUUGUGGUGCAUCCAGGACGAGCCGGCGCUUCGUCCUUCGAUGAAAUGCGUGGCGAUGAUGCUGGAAGGGAUUACUGAUAUAGCUGUUCCUCCAUGUCCAACUGCUGCUUCCCUAUAACUGAGCUCCCAAGUAGAAUCUUUCCCUCCUCAGAGCCUCCCAUAACAGCACUUCAUGAGAUCAUAGUUUCAUUCUCAGGGCUUGAGACAUACUGUACUUUUCAAAGUCAGAUCUUUCUUCGGGUUAAAUAAGGAUGAUGUAUGUUUCUGCUACAUCAUCAACCUAGGAAUUGUCUGCAACCAUCGAAAUUAUGUAGAUUCUCUCUCA